AUGCUGUUCUCGCUGCGGGAGCUGGUCCAGUGGCUGGGCUUUGCCACCUUCGAAAUCUUCCUGCACGUCCUGGCCCUGCUGGUCUUCUCCGUCCUGCUGGUGCUGAAGGUGGAUAACGGCGGCGCGCAGCUGUCCUGGUGGAAAGUUUUCAUCCCCUUCUUCGCUGCCGACGGCCUGAGCACGUACUUCACCACCAUCGUCUCCGUGCGGCUCUUCCAGGACGGGGAGAAGCGCCUGGCGGUCCUUCGCCUCUUCUGGAUCCUCACCAUCCUGAGCCUCAAGUUCGUCUUUGAAAUGCUCUUAUGUCAGAAACUAGUAGAGCAGACCAGGGAGCUCUGGUACGGACUCAUUAUGUCCCCCAUCUUCAUCCUGCUCCAGCUCCUCAUGAUCCGAGCCUGCAGAGUAAACUGAAGAACGGGGCACUGAGGAUUUGUACCUGCUACCCCAGCACUGAAGUAUUAACCCCAACCGAAGAGUUAAUCGAGCUUAGCGGCUUAGUUUUUGGCAACUUUGUAGUAAUUCUCUUUGGCCAUGUAAAUCUGAGGUGUGAGAAGAUGCUUUUGUACUUCAUUAAAUUAUUACAUAAUAUUGGCCCUGUGUUUCCCCAAAAUAUAUAUUUAUGUUGUGUCAUUCAUCUAAGGUGCAUGUCACACCUUGGUGUUAAUGUUAAAAUGUCACUUGUUUUGUAAUAAAAAUGUAUAGCUGAUA